AUGGCAGGAGACAAUGCAGCAAAGCGGGUCGGUCAGACCACAAACUUGCCGAGCCUGGGACGGGCCGUGCUCUACGCCAUUCUUCGGGCGACCCGCCGCGGUAUUGACGUUGCCGCCUUGCUCGACGCGUCGCCGGUGUCGAUGCUGCCAUCCGAACUCAUUGCACUCCGCGACCUCGGUGCCGUCGUCGACCUCGCCGACCACUGGCCCGUCGUGCACGUGAGCAAAAUUCCUAUCCAGCAUGCUCGCCUCGCGAUUGCUGCGCUGCCGGCCUUUGCUGGCGUCUUCAUUGACGCAGGUUUUACGACGCUGGCGUGGCUCGAUGCGACGUUGCCACCCACGAUGGCCGUGACGCUGGUGCUGGACCCGUCCGUACCUGGCACGUUUUCGACGUUUGCAUACGCUUGGGGCAGUCGCAUCACAGAGGUCAUCGUCAAGGGCCAUGACGUACAGCCCGACCCGAUCCCCGAGAUCCUCGCGCGCUGUGUCAACGUUCAGUCUGUGACGAUCGAGAGUGCCGAGACGCGAGUCGCCGCUGCUGCCUACUUGGCGGCGAUGCCAACGCAACACUUGCGUACACUCAAGGUCCGUGUGGUCGCGGAUGACCCAGUCGACGCGUCUGCCAUCGUCGCAUGGUUGCAAGGGUCGGACGCGACGUCGUUCUCUCUCGCAUGUCACUCGGUGCGUGAACCGAUGGCGCUGGCAUCUGCGAUCGAAGCGUGCACUACAUUGUCUUCGUUGACUCUGGACGGUGUCGCUAUCGUUCAAGGAGCCUUGGCAACUGCUCCAAACAAUUUGCACCACAUCACGGCACUCGCUCUGAGCAACGAUUACGGUGCGUACGACGCUUACAUGAAAGUUCUGCUGCAAAAGAUGGACCGGGCCUUGAGUUUUUCCCUUCGAAAGACUGGCGGCCGUGGAAUGCUUUUGCGCGGCGUCAUGGGCUACUUAUGCACGCGUCCCUCGCUCGAGUCGGUGACGUUGGACAACUGGAGCCUUCGCGCGGUGCCCACGACUGGUGCUUGUCCACGCCUCACCAGCUUCACGCUGCGUCACGUUCAAGUCCAUCGCACCAUCCCCAAGAUUGUGCAGUGGCUCUCGACCUCGCACCGUCCCUCGUCUCUCGACUUUAGUUCCACGAUGCUCGGCAACGAUGGCUUUGCGGCGCUUGCACGUGCGCUUCCUGUCUGGAUGGCGCGCGGUCUCAAGACGCUCGGUCUGGGACGCACGGGGCUAACGGACGGUGACGCUGUCGUGCUUGCUUUCGCCCUCGGCUCGGGUCGCAACCGACGAUCGCUGACGAUCGACUUGCAAGCAAAUGACUUCGCGAUCGCGUCGGUGGCCGUGCUCCUGACGACACUGGGGACAUGCCACGAUGUCACGCUGCGUUUUGGCUCGGCCUCGGUUGCUUCGCACUUGCUGGCUCUGAACAAACCUUGCGAUGAGAAAGACGUUCUCCGAGUCCUCGUGCGCGUGCACAAGCUCGAGUACAUUGCGCCUGGCACGUUUACGACGCCCCCUCGCACCUCGUUGCCAUGA